AGCGGGGUGCAAAUUAAAAUAAGAAAAACGUGUGUAAUAUUUUAUGUCUACGGACUAUGGACUGUCAAAUUUUGGAAAUGGGUUGUGAGUUAUUGACAUCAACAUCCCUCGAACUGCAACCAAGUUGACCCACCCACCAUUUUAAUAGAGACUUGACGCAACACAACGCUCACUGAACACGAUUACAAAAACUGAAUAAUGGGUUCGAGCUCCAACGGCCUUGGAGCAUGGGGAGGAUCACAGCGUCUUCAGGCCAUGGCUUUGCAUUUCCGUCAGCAGAAAGCGCCACCUCCACCAUCUGCUGCUGCUACUGCUGCUAAUGCUCCUAAAAACCGAGCUGCCGUUCUGAUAUGCCUUUUUCAAGGGGAUGAUGGAGAUCUGCGUGUCAUUCUCACCAAACGAGCCUCUACUCUCUCCUCUCACUCUGGUGAAGUUGCACUUCCGGGUGGGAAAGUGGAGGAAGGUGAUGAAGAUGACGUUGCCACGGCCAUUCGAGAGGCUAAGGAGGAGAUCGGCUUGGACGCUUGUCUAGUUAAUGUUGUUACAGUUCUUGAACCUUUUCACACCAAGCGCGGUAUGUUAGUAGUUCCUGUAAUUGGCGUACUUUCAGACAGGAAAGCUUUCAAUCCAUCUCCAAAUGCAGCAGAAGUUGAAGAAAUAUUCGACGCUCCCUUGGAAAUAUGUCUAAAGGAUGAGAACAGAAGAGUAGAGGAGAAAGAGUGGCAUGGAGUUAAAUAUCUAUUACAUUACUUCGACUAUGAAGCAAAUAAGAAGAAAUUCGUCAUAUGGGCUUUAACUGCUGGAAUUUUGAUUAUGGCUGCCUCAGUAGUGUACCAAAAGCCACCAGCAUUUUCUGAGCGGAGGCCUAAAUUCUGGACCGGAGAUGCUGCUAGAGAGAGCACCAGUAUGCCAUAGGUUCAAACAAUUCUCAUGCAUUUUAUUAUGCUAUGUUACAACUUAUAAACCAUUUAUCUUGUAUUCUAUGUAAUGUCUAAUGUGAGAUGCUUGACAUUGAGUAAGACCAUAAAAAGUAAAUAACAUACAAACAUUAGAUAAGUUUUAAAACA